AUGGGAUUCGUAUAUGGUGAGCUCAAAAACGCAAAAGAAGAGAUCAAAGGGGCAUACAAGCAAGUUGAGACUAACUACCGACCAAUACUAGAUGUCAUUGAUGGGAAAGCCAAGGGUCGGUUAGAUAGUGCAUUGCAUUUGACAGGUUACUUUUUGAAUCCUUUUUACUUCUACAAAGAUCAUACCAUUCAAGAUGAUCCUAUCAUUAUGGAUGAAGUUCUUACUUGUGUUGAAGCUUUCUUUCCCGAUGAUGUCAAUGUUCAAGAUGAAGUCUUCAAUAGAGAAUUGUUGAAGUACAAGAACAAAGAAGGUGGAUUUGGAAGACCAUUAGCCACAAUGGGAUGUGCGACGAACAAUGACUCUUAUGAUCCGGUUGGAUGGUGGUCUAACUAUGGCAAUCAUACACCCAAUUUGAAAAGAAUGGCCACUCGAAUUCUCUCUUUGACUUCAAGUUCAUCGGGGUGUGAGAGAAAUUGAAGCACUUUUGAGGGAGUAAAU